CUGGGCCUGAGGGUAGCCCAUACAAGGCGAUCUCGCUCCAGAAUCCCCUCUCUGCUACCCCCUCUCUUAGCCCGUCCGCCGCCGCCGCCGCUCAAUUCUCCGCGGGUUUGUUCGCAUCAGCAGCGUCUUCCACCCGAGCUGCCACCAUGCCGAAGCAGAUCCACGAGAUCAAGGACUUCCUGCUGACGGCGCGGCGGAAGGACGCGCGGUCGGUGCGGAUCAAGCGGGCUAAGGGCGCCGUCAAGUUCAAGGUGCGCUGCUCCAGGUACCUCUACACCCUCUGCGUCCACGACGCCGACAAGGCCAACAAGCUCAAGCAGUCGCUCCCGCCAGGCUUGAGCGUUCAGGAGAUUUAAGUAGCAAGCCAGAAUAUGACCUGUGCGGUUUCAGAGAUGUCUUCCGCCAGUAUUGCUUUAGUAUAAUGCAUAGGUGGCAUAAACCAUGUUUGAACGAAUUAUGAAGUUUGAGUUUGAAAAGUGUAAUGUUGGAAGUGGUGUAUUGGACCUAUGAUCCUGUGGUUUAAUGGUACUCUCCUGUGGAGAAGAUAACGGCCUAUCAUAUUGUUCUAAGUCUGAAUUUUGUGUCUUGUACUUCCCCUUUUCAGAUUUCUGCUCUGUUCCAAAUUCUCAGUUAUAGUGUUCCAAUUUCCAAA